AUGUCCUCAACACGUCGAGUCGCAGUGAUAUUAGGCGUAGGACCCGGCCUAUCCACCUCUAUCGCCAAAUCACUCUCAACCACUCAUUCUCUAGUCCUCUUAUCUAGAUCGUUGCCCGACUCAUUACCUAAACUUAACCUUCCUUCUACCAUACCCAAAGAGAAUAUACUGGCUCUAUCGUCAGACGGAUCGACAUCCUCUCUACAAAAAGCUUUUGGCGAUUUGAAGAAACAUUGGCCAGAGGGAAGAGUCGAUGUAGGGAUUUAUAACGUUAAUGAGAAAUUCAACUUGAAUGGGUUUCUAGAUAAGAAAGAGGAGGAUUUGAGAAGAGGAUUGGAAAGUGGUGUAGUCGGAGCAUGGAACCUCUCGCAAUCCCUUCUUCCCCUCUUCCUGUCCAACUCUCCAGACCCUACUACCGGAGCUAAAGGAGUACUGCUCUUCACUGGCGCAACAAUGUCAUUGAAAGCAGGAGGGAAAUUCUCAUCACUCGCUCCGGGGAUGUUUGCCAGACGAGCUCUCUCUCAAUCGUUGGCCAGAGAAUUCGGUCCUCAGGGUGUACAUGUUGGACAUGUGAUCAUUGAUGGAAUCAUAGAUACCCAGGCUGUGAAAGGGAUGAUGGGCGAAAAUGGAAGUAAGCGACUCCAACCUGAUGAUAUCGCUCAAACUUAUCUAUCACUUGUUAAUCAACCUAGGUCAGCUUGGACUCAGGAGCUGGAUCUCAGACCUGAUAAUGAACAAUGGUAA